GCCGCCCUCCAGCCCGCGCGGCCAUGGCCGACAGCGCCAGCGAGAGCGACACGGACGGGCCCGGCGGCGGCGGCGGCGGCGGCACCACCACCAGCAGCAGCAGCAGCAGCUCGGCGGCCGCCGCCGCCGCCAUGCAGCCCUCCGGCUCCCCGCCCGCCAUCGGGCCCGGCGGCGGCGGCACCACGGUGAAGCCCGGAGGCAUCGUCAUCUCCCCGUUCCGCCUGGAGGAGCUCACCAACCGGCUGGCCUCCCUGCAGCAGGAGAACAAGGUGCUGAAGAUCGAGCUGGAGACCUACAAGCUCAAGUGCAAGGCGCUGCAGGAGGAGAACCGGGACCUGCGCAAGGCCAGCGUCACCAUCCAAGCUAGGGCAGAGCAGGAAGAGGAGUUCAUCAGUAAUACCUUGUUUAAGAAGAUCCAGGCUUUGCAAAAGGAGAAAGAAACGCUUGCUGUAAAUUAUGAGAAGGAAGAAGAAUUCCUCACUAAUGAGCUUUCUAGAAAAUUGAUGCAGUUACAGCAUGAGAAAGCCGAACUGGAGCAGCAUCUGGAGCAAGAACAGGAAUUUCAAGUCAACAAACUGAUGAAGAAAAUUAAAAAACUGGAGAAUGAUACAAUUUCAAAGCAGCUCACUUUGGAACAGCUAAGACGUGAGAAGAUCGACCUGGAAAACACAUUGGAACAAGAACAAGAAGCGCUAGUAAAUCGUCUCUGGAAAAGGAUGGAUAAACUUGAAGCUGAAAAACGAAUCCUGCAGGAGAAAUUAGAUCAACCUGUUUCUGCUCCACCGUCACCAAGAGACAUAUCCAUGGAAAUUGACUCUCCAGAAAACAUGAUGCGCCAUAUCAGAUUUUUAAAGAACGAAGUUGAAAGAUUAAAGAAACAACUCAGAGCCGCACAGUUACAACAUUCGGAGAAAAUGGCCCAGUAUUUGGAGGAGGAACGUCACAUGAGGGAAGAGAACCUCCGGCUUCAGAGGAAACUGCAGCGGGAAAUGGAGCGAAGAGAGGCCCUGUGCAGACAGUUGUCAGAAAGUGAAUCCAGCUUAGAAAUGGACGAUGAAAGAUAUUUUAAUGAGAUGUCUGCGCAAGGAUUAAGACCUCGCACUGUGUCCAGUCCUAUCCCUUACACACCAUCUCCAAGUUCAAGCAGACCUAUAUCACCAGGUCUCUCGUAUGCAAGCCACACAGUUGGUUUCACACCACCGACCUCCCUGACUAGAGCCGGAAUGUCUUACUACAAUUCCCCAGGCCUUCACGUGCAGCACAUGGGUGCAUCCCAUGGCAUCACCAGACCUUCGCCACGGAGAAGCAACAGCCCUGACAAAUUCAAACGCCCCACGCCGCCUCCGUCUCCGAACACACAGACACCGGUCCAGCCGCCGCCGCCACCCCCGCCUCCCCCACCCAUGCAGCCCGCGAUCCUCUCAGCAGCGUUGCAGUCCGCCACCUCUCAGCAUCCGGUGCAUCCCUCCCCCCAGCCUUAGUGCAUGUGCUCAGCGGUCUGUAUUUAAUGUCGGGACUCAUCGAACGGAGCAGUUUACUAAAAGCCAAAGGCUUACCUGGCAUAUUUGGAUUUGACUUAUUUGCACUGAGGUUAUAUAGGCUUCAUAAUUAAUUAUGCUGUUCAUGUUUGUCUAAAAAUGCAGCCAGUGUUGUGGGUGUACAACACUAACUUAUCAGAACAAUUUCCAUCAGUGUUUACUUGAAUUUACCUGUGUGUCCAUUCUCUGGCUGGAUCACUCGCUCCUCAAUAUUUGGUCACACAGCAGUGUGCGUUUUGCUCAGCCCCAAAGCUUCCUUUUCCUGGCUUUUUAGGUUUGUAAAAUAGAAGGGAUUCCUUUUUUAUCAUUUUUUUCAUGACCCUUUGCAUAAAAUUACAGGCAUGGUGAGCUGUAUUAUAAUGAAACUCCUAAGUAUAGUGGUGUUUACCAAGCAUACAAUAAUUCAGCACUACACUUCAGUAACUUGAAAAUGCAGCUUUUAAGUGCAGAGUUGAGUCAAAUGAAUCCAGGCCCCAAACUGCCCCCUCAAAAAGCUUCUUACAGGUUCAGUAUUCAGUACCCGUUUGUGGCAGCCAUGCUUCCCUGUCCAAAAAAAAAAAAACUCAUUUAAACAGAUGGUACAGUUUGAGACAGGUCAAGUGUGGGGCAAUUAUGGCUUUUAUCUAAAUAUGUGGAAUGUACGAUUUAUGAAUCUUGAGAUUUGGUCUUUUGAUUUGUAGUUAAUGUUAAAUCUACCUGUAAGCUGUCCAUAUUGUCAUUUUUAACACAAUUUCUGUAAAUGUGGUCCUAUCAACUGAUCUUUGUGGCUGAUUAAAAUGUGCUGUUUUAUUUCUGCUGCAGAAGGCAAUGUGAUUGUAGAAAACAGCUAUCCCCCAGCCCUUCUCUCUGCCUUUGGUUCAGUAUAUUGUGAUUCUCCCCCCAGAAAAGUUUGAAUAAGUAUUGUAAAGGUACAAGAGACUCUUAGAAAAGGCUAUGAUUUGAAAUGAACAUUAUAGGACUACCUUGGCCUAAGAGCCAAAUGUAUAUUGCUUGGUAGAAACAGAAAAGAAUCUAGAGAAAGUAGCACAACAUGGCACUAACGAAUGCUUCCUUAGCAGCAUCAGCCGGUACAAUGUAUAAAGUAGUAUAUUCAAAAUACAUCCUUUUCAUUUAUUUAGCACAAAUAAAUCAUUUGGUUUCACUUGGCAGUGGAACAGAGAGUGAGUCACUCUUUUCUUAAUACUAGCAACAUCUUUCGUUUUGCUUUCCGGCAGUUUUGUUCUGAAUUUUUUGUGCUUUGGUAGUGAAGUGAUUUUCCCACCUGUGUCUGCAUAUUUAUAUAUGCUAUAGAAAAACUUACUAGAGGAUGUAUAUUUUAUGAGAAUGUGUCCGUCAGUAUAAUCAAGAGAAUGAAAAUUAAUUUAUCGGGAAUUUUUAAAAAAUUUGCGCGCUGUCACAGAACCAUCUCUAUUGAUGCAGUCUAAAAAGGGACAUAAUAGUGUCGAUAUUUAAUAUUGUGCAGUAUGUAAACGUGAGCUUUUGCCUCCUGUGUGUAUUUAAGAGUGGCAAAAUGAAAGAUUUAAGGGAUUCUGGUGUUUUUGAAAAGAUGAGUGAAAAAGCAAGAGGUUUGUUCUCCUUUUCCUUUCUUCCACCCACUCUCCUGUCCCUAAUCUCCCGCCUAAAAAAAAAAAAAAAAACACAGAAGAAACAUCACUGACUCGUUAACAGUUAAGAAGAAAUUGUGUUUAAUAUACAUUUUAUAUAUGUGUAACAUGUAUAUUUAUAAGGCAUUUGUUAAAGCCGUAAGAUGGGAAAGCGUAGCUGCGGUUCAAUUAAGCUACAGCCCCCUAGAAAGGUAGAGUCAUCUCAUAUAUUCAUCGUGUCAUCCCACUCCACCACACUUUCUUUAUCCCUCCCCCACUUCCUCCCAGAGUGAUCAGCCCCAAACUUCUAGGUAGGAAAGCGAAAGUAAUUAGACAUGGCGUAUGUUUAGGCAUUGGGAUCUCAAAAAUCCAAUUUUUACUCCAAUAUCAGGGAGUUGUAAUUACAGGGCUGCUAGAAGCAUCAUCCCUCAAAUUCUUGAACCCAACAAUCCUUCCCUCUACUUCCAGCGACAUUUGCUACUGAAAAUUCAAAAAGUGAAAACAAGUUCAGUAGUAAAAGCCUGGACUCAAAAUGGCUGCAGGGUGGCCAGACAACACUUUUCUCGAACCCAGAUAAUAAAUAAUUCUUACAAGUCCACACUUCAGCAAUGAGCAUUUGCUGGAUUGACUCACUCCAGAGGAAGAGUCAGCCAUCUUGCAAGAAAAGUCAGACCUCCUCCACUGCUGUGCUUUCAGAAUUGCCAGGAGAAUUAAAGUCUUUGCUGCUGCUUGAUGAUUAUGUCUCAGCAAAAAUUCUUGUUAUUUCUAAAAGUGCUUUAUGACCUCACAUAGAGUGCAUGCGUGUGGCAUCAGUGCAGCAACUGCGAGGGCUGCCACCAUCACAGUCAGGGACACCUGGCCACCCACCAGAAAGCUUGAGAGCUGGAGGGACAUUUUGUGAAGGAAAUGUGAUCUGCAGUGGUCAUUUAGUGCCCUUCAGACCCUGCUACAAACUUCCUUGCAAAGACUGCUGCUGGACACUGACCCUUGCCACUUGCUUUUAAUGAUGCAGAUCUAGGGGAGAAUAAAGAGUUCAAGCCCCAUCCCUGCAAUAGAAAUGGAGCCACAACCAUGAAGUGGUUUUGACUAAGGUCCUCAGAGAAGACCCAGGCCAGGGUUCUUUACUCUGGGUCCAGUAUAGCAUGUGCCUGCCAGUGUGAGAUCAAGGUGCCUGGCGACAGGUGGGAAUUAUUUUAAUUCUUAAAUCACUCUGUUUUUAAAUCAGCUGGCUUGAGUGGCCACGCCCUCUAUCUCUGUUCCCAACCACCAGGGAGUCGAUGUGGGCUCCAGAGGCCUGGGAGAAGCCGAGCCCUUUUACAAGAACAAGCAAAAAUAUUUAGGUGAAGCAAAGCUGUUGGUACUACUAUUGGGAUAUAAAUUACCCAUAGAUAGGGAAUUUGCAGUGCUCACCCUCUCCACUCCCCCUCCGCCCCUUCCCCCAAAGUGGUGCCACUGCCAACAAGAUACAGAGCUAGAACAAAAACCCAAGAUGUAAAAAGGGAACUCGGGUGUCUCGAACAACUGCACUAAAGAAACAUCUCUGAUCUCCCUUUAGCCCAGUCUGGGUCUUGUAGGAGUCCUACAAGGAAAACAUGGCAGGAAUGACUUCCAAAGAACUAGAUCAUGAAAUAAUACUUUUUCUUUAAAUUAUUAAUGAGCCAGUUGUUGAAGCUGCUACGUGGACACCGUACUAAAUCUUAGAGCCAUUAUAUGACAGACUGAGGUCUUGGUUAAAAAAAAUCCAGCUCCAACUUGGAAAGUUGUGGGGAGCAUUUUCCAGAAUUUCCAGAAGAUUAGACAGCUAGGUUGGUUCCCAGUCAAGUGCCAGUUGUCUCUAUGUAAGAGGUUUGGGAGCUUAAAUGAUUCAAAAUGUGGAAGCUGUGUGUGUGCAAGUGUGUAUGUGUUCAAUCAUGCCUUAACUCUAGUUACUGCUCAACUUAGGUCUUAGUCUGCAUUUUGUCAUCUGGUGUACUGUAUAUGUUGAGCUAAACUUUAUCCUGACAAAAAGUUUCAGGAACAGCUACUUCAAAGGAUUCAUUCUAAAGAAAAGUAUGUGACAAGAGCAGCCUGAGUCUCCUCUGGACUGGGUUAUUUAAGAAAGACGGGAUACAAAGGAGAAUGUUAAAAAUGGAAAGAAACCAGUAAGGAAUGGAGGUGAAUCAAACCUAGAAUGUCUUUUUACCUUUACAUAGCAAUGCACAAGUGUAUGUUCUUCAUGAUAGCUUGUCCUAUAGCAGGACUAGAUUUGGAGUUCUGGUAUUCGUGGCAAUCUUGAAAUUCUUGGUCCGAGCAUAGAAAGCUGUAAACUUCCAAUUAAUGUCUUCUUUGCCUUAUGUUGAUUAAUCUUUAAUACAUGUGCUGAAUCAGAAAACUGAAUAAAGACAAUUUUUUAAAAUGCAAA